UCCAAUGCAAGCAACCUCUACUGCACUCGUCGCGAGAUUGAGUACACCGCUUCUUGCUGUAGGUGUGGCGACAAGAGCUUAUUGGAAGUCCGACUCUAUGUGCAGAAUGUUCUGAGGUCAUACCAGCCGAAAGCAGCAGCCCGGCUACCGCUUGCGUAAUUGUCAGUCGAGUCGUGAGCUCUUGAAUUUUAGACGACCACGAGUAUAAGAGGCCUCGAGAUGACUGACCAGAUUCAUCACGACAAGACUGCAACCGCCACGCAACUCUAUGCUACCUUGAUACAUCCAACCUCAAUUGAUACCACAGUAUCUCAAAAAAAACCCUUACCUACUUAGCCACCACACAAGAUGGCAUCAGCAAUCGCCAUGCUGGCAGCAAUGCUUUAUGCCUCUGCAGCAUUUGCACAUCCUCAAUCAGUCACAGACAAGAGCCUCGCUCCUGGAAACCUACCAGUUACAUGGUAUCAAGCACCUCUGGCAUUCAGUGAAUCGCUCUCGACCGAUACGACUUGCGGCUGGGCUGUUUCCACUGGACAGCUCAACACUACCCGCUGCUACGUCUUGCGCACAUAUGCACUCGGACUGCAGCAAGAUGCGCAACACGAGUGUAAUCUGAAGGUGUGGAAUACGGUCUCUGAUUGUUCGGGCGAUGGAGGUUGGACCAUGCAUGCCAUACCGAGUGGCAGAAGCAUGAGCUGUGUUGAGACUGGUGUUCUGGAUGGAGGCAACUUUCAGCACAAGAGCGCCAUGUUGACUUGCGUCUGAGCUGAUUCGUAUGCCAGAGCAGUUGGAGUAUGGGAUGCAGGACAUCAUGAGAAGGCCGUUAAGGUGAAUGAGCAACCCAAGUUCGUUAUUAAUUCUCAAUUCAUACUCUUGAAGC